AUGCUGAUAAUCAUUCUUCUGCUCCUGCGUGUUAUUAACUGUACCUCCUGUACUCUCGGUACUACAUCCUCAUCUCCUGUCAACGCUCAGUUUCGUCGAGGUUCCGAGGAUCAGGAAACAUCCAAGGGUGAACAGCGGAUGAGCACUGCUCCUUCUAAGAGUGGAAAUGAUUGUGGCCCUCGCCGUCACCAUCAUCCGCCGCUAUGA